GUUGAUUCAUCAUGUCGGAAAUUUCCCGAUUUUCCGACCUUCUUCGAUAGUGCCCAGCUCGUGAACGAGCACCGGCAAAAACUCAUCACUAUGCGAAGGUCUGGCCCGAUCGUUUUGGCAUGCAACACAGCACUCCGUCCAAGGCCGCAUCAGGCGAAUCAAGGAGACGAUUGACUGGAAUGAUGGAUUCUCCGAAAUCGCCGACACAACAAGCCGCCAGGGAUAGUGGUGUCAACCCACGGGCAAGCAGUCAUACCCCUCAAGAUAGUCGCUCUAUCGGCCCAGGUCGGAAAUCUAAGGCUUGCUUGGAGUGUAAGAAGCUUAAGAUGAAAUGCGAGGUGUUCCCAGGAGAUAGGAAGUGCCGACAUUGCCUCCGUCGCAAUGUCAGUUGCGUUGUGAGGCGGGCCUACAUCGCUGAAGUUGCCGCGGGAAAUGAUCCGCCCAGCUCAGCCGAGACCUAUGAGAAGAAAAUCGACGAAAUGAGGUCUGAGAUCAAGCAUAUGAAAGAAAGUUUAGAUGCUGUCCUAGCAGAAAGCACCAGACAUCAAAUCGCUUGCGUGAACUCUGUUCGUCACAAACACCGGAAUCAAGAGCCGACACCCCAAGCCCCGGUACCGACAGUGCCUCUUUUCUUCGAGAACCGAUCUCCUUCUUAUAGGUCUUUCGAACACAGCAACGCCCCGCCUCUUAGCACACCCGGCAGCAUGACAAGCCCGGCAGGGCUGUCCUCAAGAGAAGAUAACACCCAAAUGGCUAUGACACGAGAAAGUUCACCAUUAACAGUGCCCGACAGCGAGCUCGGUAGCGAGCCAGUUACUUUAGAAGACCCCAUGGGUAGCCUAUAUGAAGUGACGCGGCUUCGCAACAUCCGAAGUAACAGGUCAAAGAUGACGAGACCUCAGCCGGCAAGUCAAGACGAGCUCGAUGACUUCAUCUCCAGGGGCAUCAUCGCCGAAUUAGAGGCAGAAGAGCUCUACGAAAUCUUUCACACUUCCCUCAAUCACUAUCUCUGGGUCGGACUCGAGCAGACCCACCCAUCUUUCAUCUCCGUCCGCAAAUCCUCCGAGUUGCUUACAGCAACAAUCUUGGCCGUUACCGCGCUGCACAUACCAACAUCCGCAGCCACCUUCGAUGUCUGCUACAAGGAGUUCCUCUCAUUGAUCUCUUCCUCCAUGUUCUCACGUUACCAUUCCAUCGACGACGUCCGCGGCCUAUGCAUCGCUGCAUUUUGGCUGUCCGAGGUAUCCUGGAAGCUGUCUGGUCACGCAAUACGCAUCGCGACCGAGCUCAAUCUCCACCAAUCCUUUGCCCGGGCGUUAGAAGGCGACAGAGAGCACUUUCUACGAGCAAGACUCUGGUACAUGCUUUACGUCUGCGAUCACCACUUUAGCAUCGCGUACGGCAGACCACCAAUGAUUGCCGAGAGUAUACAAAUCAGACAACACGAACUCUUCCUAGAAAGUCCCUUUGCCAACGCCCUUGAUGCGAGACUAUUAAGUCAAGUGAACCUGAUGCAAAUACUCACGAGAGUGUACGACCAGUUUUCGGAGAGAAAACUUCCAAAUGUCAGGAAGUUUCGAGGAACUAAAGACUGUAACAGGCAUGUCGGAAGCAGUGAUGUUGAAGGAUCGAAUGGUGAUAUAACGGCUACUAUGCUCACCGAAUCCGACUUGGAGGGUCUUCGCCGGCUCAAUCUUGAGAUCGAUAAGUGGCGGAUACGAUGGCACGCUCGCCAAACACAGAAUUUCUGCAUCGGCAGCUUCCCGCCUCUAGGUAUAAUUCUCUACUCCUACUUUGCGAAACUGCAAGUGAACUCUCUCGCCGUCCGUGGUGUAUCUAUGGUAGCCUCCACACUGUCCACGGAGCGCAAGGAGUUCGCCAACAUGGCUGUCUCCGCCGCCAUCAGCAUCAUCACCUUUGUUCUCGAAGAAGAUGAUAUGCGGAGAGCUCUUGUUGGGACGCCGCUCUAUGUGCAUACAAUGAUCGCUUUUGCUAGCGUGUUCCUGAUGAAGGUUGCCACCAGAUGGAAUUCACUCAUGGGGUUGAAGUUGGAAGAAGCUUACGUUUCCAGCCUCCUCAAGAAGAUGAUCGAAGCUCUGAAGAACGCUGUUACAUCGGAUCGGCAUGUGUUGAAGCACAUUGCCGCUGGCUUGGAGAAGAUGCUGAAUAAGAUGGGCGAAGCAAAGCGGCCGGGACAAAGACUGGAUGAUCCGGGGCCAGCUCAAGAGGAUGCAAACAAGUCGACUGGCGAUGUACACAUCCCUAAUCAUGAGGAUGAUCCGUCCGCGACUGCUGGAAGCUGGCCAAGUUGCUUCCGUGCCUCCGCCGGCGACCAGCUACUUACCCCAGCAACAUGGACCGAGCCUCACGUCCCAAGCAUGAAUAACCAGUUUGAGGAUGAAGGAUGUUUCAACGAUGGAUUGACGUUCAUGAACGACAACUUGAUAUUUGAGGCUUUCGGAACGGGAUCAGCUAACGACGUGUACAACCUCUUGUCUUCUCAAUUUUCCUUGUGAGCUUUCAUACCAAAACUACUCGAGGU